GUAAAUAUAGAAAAUUGAGAGUAAAGUGCGCGGAGUUUAUCGGGAACACAUUGAAAAUAAACGGUUGGUUUGAAAGUGUACUAUAAAAACAAUGUCACAAAAGUUAUUGAAGAAUUCUGCUACAUAUUAUUAUUUAUAAAAGAUUAUUUAAUAGUAAAAAAUAAAAGCAGAAUUAACUGAUUAUAGUAUACAAUAUAUUUUUAAAAAUGGAUCAACGGAGAAGGCGAAUUUCCAAUUUAACAGAAAAGACACGAGAAAGAAAACAAGCGUGGAAUUCUUCGCUUGAUUCUAUAAAAGUGAAAAAAAUCCUACCGCAGUUGAUGAGAGAAAAGAAAAAAUUAACAAAGUGCAACAAAUUAAACAGUUCAUAUAGUUUAUUAAAAUUUUACGCUUCUCGAAGUACUAUCCAUGGUGUCAAAUAUAUUUUUGAUCCUAAACUACAUUUAUUCGAAAAAAUUAUUUGGCUAAUUUUUGUCAUCAUCUUUAUUUUCUUUACUGUAAAUGUUUUUAUUAUAAUAGUCAAGGAUUUCCAGGCGGCACCAACGGAAGUUAUUAUUGAAUCGACAAGUCAUCGAGUAUCCUUUCUUCCAUUUCCAAGUGUGACAAUUUGUCCAUCUGAUCGUGUGGACUGGAAGAAAGUAUUAAAUCUGGAGAAAAAUAUUUCCAAUAGUUCAGAAGUCAUUGAAAAUUAUAGGAAAUUAGUCACUGUAUUGGGAAAAAUGGCAUUUGUAGAUUUAUACAAAUUAGGUUUCUUAAAUAAUACAAAACAUGAGGAAUUAUUAAGGAUCAACGCAACCGAAUUAAUGUUCAACAUUGUACCAGAUUGUAAGGAUUUACUUAAAAACUGUUGGUGGAGGAAUGUUCCACAAAAUUGUUGCGAAAUCUUUCAAAUUCAAAAAACAGAAUACGGAAUUUGCUAUUCAUUUAAUUCAUUAGUGUCGGAAAAUCCAACUGAAUCAAAAGUGAGAAAAGUUACGGCCUAUGGCAGUCGUUCUGGAUUAAUGGCUACGAUUGAAUUAGGAGAUAUUAUGUUUCCACCAAAUAAAUAUCGUUAUAGAACAAGAAGAGACAGUGAAUCAGGAAUUUUAAUUUCCAUUAAUGAUCCUCUGGUGUGGCCAAAAGUUGUUAAUAAAAUAAUGGUCGGAUCGAUAGCAAAUGUUAAUGUAAAAUGCACCUCUGGUUAUGCUUCCGAAGAUGUUUUAAAUUUAUCACCAAGUAAAAUGCCAUGUCGUUUGAAGGAUUUAAGGACAAAUAUCAGAUACAGUCAGGAGACUUGUAUUUCCGAAUGUAGACGUGAACACGCUAUUAAAUACUGUGCUUGUAAUCCAUCCUUCUUUUUUGCUUCAGAAAAUACGACAACAUGCACCAUUAAUGAUUUAAAGUGCCUACAUGUAAAUGAUGAUAAAUUUAUUACUUAUCAAAAUCUCGGGGAUGAAAACUUUCAAGAAGGCGCAGAAGAUAUUAUGACUUGCGACUGUCCACCAGCCUGUGAUUAUUACAAUUAUGAAGUAAAAUUACUUUCAGUAUCAGUUGCAAGCAAAAAUAUAUCAUUGGACGUUCAUUAUGAGGGGCCUGUUGGUACUCGUUACAAAAUGAAUGUCGUGACGACUGGUUUAAAAUUACUAGUCAACUUUGGUGGUGUUUUUGGACUUUUUGUCGGUGGUUCAAUAAUUAGCCUAAUUGAACCAGUUUAUUUAUUUUUACGUGGAAUUUUCUGUCGUCUUUAUAUUUACAUAAGGAGAAAAACAAAAGAAAGGAAAAAAUCAUCUUCUGAACAUCUAAAACUCUAUCUCUCUGAGUUUCCACAAAUGAAACCAACUUUCACUACGGAAUUUUAUGUUCCCAAGGAGAGAUAUUAAAAUAGUUGUUAGAAUUAUUUAUUAAAAUAUGAUCGGUGAAUAUUUAAGGAACUUAAAUAAAUUUUUGUAAUAAGCAAAUAAAACGUUUUGUUGUUAUUACAUUU